AUACUAAAGAGUACAUAGUUAUUAGUUUAUUUUCGGUCAAAAAAAUCAUUUAUUUUCCUUUCUUACGUUUGCUUUUUGUUAUUAUUUGUUGCGUUUUGUUGUAGAAUAUUGUAAAUACAUCGAAAUUUAAUACAUUACAAGUGGGUUACUCCACUCUCCGUUGUGAAAUUAGCUGAAACGAACCAAAAAUGGAUUCAGAUAAAUAUAUUACGAUUGUUCCUGUUGAGUAUCCUCGAAACAGGCAACAGUUCAUACGGCCUCCCGAUGAAUAUAGUGAUUUUCCUCAAAACCGGAAUUGGCCCCACACCAGAGCAGUAAGAACCGAAUCGAGUACUAUGCGUAGGAAAGAAUUGAAACGAUCGUUGGAACACAAAAGAUCUCACAAUCAUUCCCUCAAUGAUCCUAUACAAUCGUGUUCCAAGCCAAUAAUAAGUGCUCCGCUUGCAUUCCAAACAGCUCCAAAACCUAAAAAAAACCCGCUAAGUGUAUAUAUUUAUACAAUGGCUGACAUAGUCUUGCACAUGGAUAUAGAAGAUGCAAACACAACUACAGUAUCAGAUCUUGUUGAUAUUAUAAUACAGCAAAAAAAUUUAGGAUUAUCAAGAAUCGCUAAAAAUAUUUUUACAAUUUGGAUGAAAUCAAAUGUUUUAGAAAUUCAAUUAAAACCACAACAUAAAUUAUUGACAGUAUUUCAAAAAUGGUCCUCACUUGAAGAAAAAUAUUGCAUUCAAACCAAAAAAAUUAUUUUCAAGGAACCAAUUUUGAGUUUUCAAAGAAAUGUGUUUUUUCCUAGAAAAGACGAGGAAAAAAUUAAGGACCAAAAAAUUAUUGAGUUAUUAUACGCCGAAGCUAAGUAUAAUGUAUUACAAGGUCGGUAUCCUGUUGAAGUUAAUCAUUGUUUAAUGUUAGCUAGUUUGCAAUGCCGAAUAGAAUUAGGUCCAAAUAAUUUACAACAAUACACCUCAAGUUUUUUUAGAGACAACCGGGAAAGAUUUUUACCAUCCCAUUUAUACAAAAGCUGGUCAUCGUGGUUAAAUCUUGAUAGAAAAAGUACACCACAUUCUCGGCUUGCAGAUCAUUUAAAACAUAUACAAAUAACUGGAUCUGAUCGUAGACUUUACCACAAGUAUUUAGAGUGCUGUUACAUGCUACCAUUUUAUGGGUGUGCUUUUUUCCAUGGUCAAAUAGAACAACCUGUUCGAGGUUUGAUGUCUUUAAUUAACCAUAAAGAUGUUCCUAUUUAUAUUGCAGUCAACACCGAAGGAGUUUAUAUUUUAGAUUGUGUGGAAAAUAGUUUAUUGUUGGGCCUUAAGUAUCAAGAUUUUUCAUGGGAAUUUGCUAAGCCAUCUCAAGAAGAUAAUGAUCAUUGUUUACCGUGUAUAUUUCUUCAGUUUUUAGUAUUAGAAAAUGGAACAAGAGUUUCAAAAAUUUUACAAGUAUUUUCUAAACAAGCUGUUAUGAUAGAUGCUCUAAUUGCGUGUUUUGUCGAAGAUUUUAGACACAAAUUAGCUAUGAAUGAAUAUGACGAUGUAGAUAGAACUGGCGGUUUUGAACAUAUUUCUGUUGGAGAUGGAUCUCAAAUACCGUUGGCACAUUUGUUCCGUAGCGAACCACAAUCUCGAUUAUGUAAUAAACUAAAUAAGUUGACUCUGGCUACAUUUGAUGAAGAUGCAUGUAAUCAUCACUUAGAAAGUUGCUAAUACUAUAAUUUAUUUUGAUCAUACACAAUUAUGCAUGGUUUGUAAACUAUUUAUGAAUUUAAUCUACUACAAUGAACUGAAGUAAGUUACUAAUGAUCUGAAAUCAAGCUUUAUUACUAUUGUUGUUUCAUUCAAGCAAUUAAGACUUAACCAAAUUAUUAACUGUAUUACCAAUAUUACCAUAGAUUAAAUAACACUAUAAAUAUACAACACUGAUGCAAUCAUUUAUCGCUUAUUUUAAUUUGGAUUCGACGUUUGCUGUGACGCAUUUUUUUUUGGAAGAGAUGAGAAAUAAGUAUAUACUAGUUCUAUUAUCUACUCGUUUCGUGCCACAAUGCACCAAUAGUUAACUGGAUCAAAUUAAAAUAAUUACAUUAGCCUUACUUAUCUAUAGUAAUACUAGUAUUUAUAAUCAAUGCUAAUAAGUAAUAACCAACUUUAAUACAAUAAAAUGGAGUAUUAAUACAUUUUUAAGUGAGUCUAACUAUACCUUAACUCAUCUUUUUAAUUAGUUAAAAUAAUCUUGAACACUUAUUUUGUAAUCUUAUUAAACAAGAAAUUAGUUGAAUAAUCCACACUAUAUUAUUACAUCAUAAAUAAAAAAGUAUUUAUAAUAUUUGGACAUCAGAAAAAAAAAAAUAAAAAAAUUAUGCUGCUUGACUAAUUCAUACUUAAUGAAUUUUUUUUAUCAAACAUUAAACCUUGUCAAUACUUAUCAGUUAUCUCAACUAUUAAUAGUUUUCUUGAAAACCUAGUUUAGUUAUUGUGACUUCCGUUAUAAAUAAAAUAGUUGUAUUAUUUUAACACAUUUUUUAAAUUUAUAAAAUAAAAUAAUAUAAAUAAAUGAAUAAGUUUGUUCAAAAAAAAUAAAAAUAUUUAAAAGUGUAAAGCAUAUAAAAGCAAUACAUGUGCAUUUUCUCACAACCUCAUUAGACAUUCAGUGGCGCAAUUUGAUAAUAAGAGGGGCCUAUGUGAAAUUUCCAGACUUAUUAUAACUACAAAUAAUAUUUUUUUCUCACAUGUCAUAGUAUUAAUUAAUUAAUAUAAUUUUUAAUUGGUUAAAUUUUUUUCUAAUAAAAUCAAACAUAAAAAUUAACUCUUUUUGUUUCUAUGGCAGCAAAAUCAUUUAUGAUUUUGUUUGUAUCCAAUUCAUUAUUAUUAAAUAGUAAUACAAAAAUUCUAUAGAUAGAUAGUUUUUUGUCUUAUUAUUGUCAGACACAUAGGUAAUAUUAUCAUGAGUGAUGACUUACACACUACACAGUACACACACCAACAUAAUUAUGAUGUAUAAUAAUAAAAGAAGUUUCAAAUUUUUAAUUAUAGUGUAUACUCUAACCCAAUACCCGCAUUUCAGACCUAUACUGUAUUACGAUACACUUAAUUGCUUUCUCAUAUAAGUAUUCAUAAUUUGAAUUAUACUCUAAUUCAAAAGAGUAAAGACAUAAUUAUUUAUUAUAUUAAAACAAAUAUUAUAAUAUGUGUUUAUAUUAUAGAUUAUAGUAUAGGAAUAUCGUACUUGAGUUUUUUAAUUUAGAGGCCCUCAAGACCGGGGACCCUGUGAAUUGCAUACCCUACACUUUCGAUAAUCGCGCCACUGCAGACAUUUGAGAUUUACUAUUAAAAGAUGAGUAUGUGAAUCACAAAUCUAAAUUAUAUUUAAGGAAACAGGUGUUUUGGAAAUGUAAUUGUUGAUAUAUCUUUCAUGCAUUCAGUGUUAUUUAGCAAACCAAUUUAUAUUAUUGUGUUUUACAGAUUAAAAAAUUAUAUUGAAAUAUGUUAUCCUACGGUUUUCAGAGUAACAAUAUUGAGUUGACUAUAAAAUAGUAUAGAUAGUAGUGGUUACCAAUAAGUAUCAAUAUAUAAUUUUAUAUUUUUUGAUUAUUUAUGUAAAUAUAUUAUUUUCAAUUUUACUACACAAAAGAUAAUAAUAUGUGCAUACUUGGUUUUUUUAUAGGUCAUUGUAUUGGACAAAUGGGAUCUUGGUCAUUCAGCUACUGAAAGUGGACACUUAAUAUAAUAUACUCUUUUUCUAUUGAUCUCUAUGCAGCCAUCCUUUAUUUAAAAUCACUUUUCUUCUGUUUCUUAUCAUUGAAUACCAUUGUAUUAAGAUAUAAUACAUAUGAUUACCUUAACCUAGUCAAUUUUGUUUAGUUAUGUUUAGUUGAAUCUUAAAUAAGUUAAUAUUUUUUAAGUAUAUAUAUUUUUUAUUAGUAUUCAUUGAUCUUGUUUAUCAAGGAUUCGAUAACAAACAUUUUAAUGUCUAUGUUGGACAACUCAUUAAAAGUUUUUGUUUCUGAGCAUUGUAGUACAUUUCCAGCCAGAGUUUAUUUUGUCCUUAGUAUAAUACCAAAUAGUUAUUAUAAUUUUAACUAUAUUUUUUAUUAUUUUUUUAUUUGUUAUUUUAUUAAAUUACCAACUUUAGAGAUGUUUUCUUUUGAUGUAGUACUCAUUGACUUAUAUUGCUUACAUACAUUUCAUAAAGUUAUUAAUUAUGAUACAAAACUUUAUUUUAUUCAACAUAAAAAGCGAUCCGGGUGGUUGACUCGUGUCUAGUCUAGCAUUGUUCUGUUGUCUUGUAUAUUGGCUACUUGGGAUUAAUUAAGUAGGAAAAUAAUUGUGAGUGACCGGUAAGAAAUUGACAAAAACCUGUCACUGCUUUGGUUGCCCUUAUGUUAAAUAGAAUAUCAUUACUAAUAUGAAUCUUACUAUUAUUCACUUUUAUAUUUGUAUUUCACAUAUCUAUAUCAAAUUUUUGAUAUAAUCUUUUCAAUUGUCAAAAUUAUUUCAUCUACAAAGUUAAUAUGAUAAGUAUUUACAAAUUUAAUGAACGGUUUUUAACUUUAAAAAUAUUCUAAUAAUUAUAUAUUUGUAAUUCUAAAUGUCGUAGAAUUACAUUAUUAUUAUUAUUUUAUUGUGGUAUUACAGCUGUGAUUGGAACUUUCACCAAAUUAUUAUUCAUUAUAUAACCAUAAAUUGUAUGUUGGUAUUACUUGUGCAUUACAGUCGUAUAUAAAUUAAUAUUCUUUAAAUGUUUGUGUAAUGUCUAAAUUAAGUGUUUGGAACAAAUAUUUAAGAAAUUUAAAAUUUGUAAUUAAAAAAAAAAAUUGUAAGUAAUUUAUUGAUAAAACUACGUGUAUUAAAUAAAGUAAAAACAACCAUUGUUACAAUACCCAAGCUAGACUGGGUAAUGUAUAAUUUUUCCCAUGUUACCAUUACAAUUGCCAGAAAAUGUACAAAUUACCUGAUAGUCCUUAAUAUAUUUGCCCUAUACAGAAGAUUGAUUGUGCAAUUUAUUUUACAUAGUCCUAAUCUUAUCACUAUUCCAAUUUUUAUGGAAGAUUAUUUCUAAUACAUUAAUUAAACAUAUUACAAUAUGACAUGUAUUAUAUUGUUAACACUAAAUGAGAUGUAUUAGUAUAACAUUUUAAAAACCGUGAAUUAUAUUUUAAAUGUACCAAUUUCUUAAAUUUGAAAGCUAAUGCAGACAAUAGAUAUAUUAUAAAUUAUUUAAGAAGUUAAAUAAUCAAAAUUUCCAUUUACUACUGGUUGAUAUAAAAUGUGAUGCUUCCUAAACUUGUUAAUUUUUUUUUAU